CAAUUAUUCACACGAUGUGGAGUUUAGUUCGUUUAUUGUGUUUGAGUGUAACACUCGGAAUCGCCGGUAUUUUUGCUGGUAAAGUCUACCAGCGUUCGAAGCUCUUACUUAGAGAAAGAUGAAUGUGUUCAACCCAAAUCGAAACAUCCAGUUAACCAGGGUAAGUCUUCGGGCACGGUGUAGUCAUUGAUACCAGUGUCAGCGCCGAACAAAAACCAGUUAACAAAUUUGAGACCAGUAAUAGGAAAUAAUUACAUUAAGAAUCUUUUUUUCCGCAUUGGUUUGUUUACUCUAAAUUUUUUAAGAGAUCUUUAAAUCAUAUGAACGACCACAGACCUAAAUUUUCGAUUAAAUCAGCAAAGAUUGAUACUACAAUGUUCAUAAUUGUUACAGGUUUUCUCGUAAAAUUAACUUUACAGAGGAACUAAAUGGCGUGAACUCGACAGUGUAUUUCAGUUAAAGACGUAGUUGUUGUUGUCUCUCCUUAGAUAAAGAAUUUUCUACUGGACAACGUUGGAUAUCAAGAAUUUCUAUCGCCUGGUGCAACGGUAGUGAAUCCGGUGCAGCCUUCUCGCAUCGAUUCCCUAACGAUGGGCACCUCACAAAUAGCUCCACGGAAAAGACUGCCAGACUGUCCUCAAGAAGGUAAGAUAUUUAGGUUUAUUUUACAAUUUAUUUGUUAUUGUUGUGUUGGCUUUUUCUUUUUCCUUUUUUUUUAAUACAAAUUUUGGGUUCUUGGUAUCUUCGCGUGACCGUCGUUGGAUAGAUUCGGUCUUCGAGAAAAAGUCACGCGACAUUUUCAAGAAACUGUCAAAUUGUCCUGAUUCGCUUGAAUUAAAUUUUUUCAGAGUGCUAGGGGAAUCACUUAUGAGAGCCAAAAAAUCAUUUUCUAUAUCUAUUUAUGGGCUUAUCCAGUACAAAGUAACAUCAGUCGAGUGUGAAAGUAAUGACAUCAUGAUAUUGUAAAUAAAUAAAGAGGCGGAAACUGCGGUCAAUCGAUGAAAUGCGUAAUUAUACAGAAAAUAUUCUAUGACACCGGUAAUCAUUCGUCUAAAUAGUGGAAGUCUAAAAUGAUAAGGUUGUGUGAUGAAUGUAUGAUGAUUUUCAGGAUAUCGAGCCUUCUUUUUAAUUAAGUCUAGUGUAAAUUAUGUUGCGCAAUAUUCACGCGAUUUAUUUGCCUCAUCGCACGUUCCCUCGAUGCUUUUGUGAUGAAGAUUUGUUAUUUCCUGAAUAUUGCGAAACGAAUGUUUAGACAAGAAGAAACAUCCUGCCGAUAAAUUGACGUACGUAUCAAAUGUCUGCAUGAUUUAAAUCAGCCAAACAUUGUAAAAAUUCCUACAAAAAGUCACAGGUUCGGCGAUCGCUUGAAGCAAGAUUUGGAAUAUAAAAAGUAAAAAAAAAUUGUCACAAUAUUCCAAAUUAUGCAACAUUUACCCGGUAACAUGCGUAAUCUUCCAAUUUAUUUUGAUGUUAUAUUCCUUAAGAAUUUUCAGAGGGAGCCCUGUUCUUUCAGUAACAAAAUUAAAAAAAAAAAAAGACAUCUGUAAGAUUUCCGAGUAGCCUAUCCCCCAUAUCUAUGUACCUGUGAACUGAACUUUUCAUUACAUUGCUCUUCAUUUCAGAAAAUACAGAAAAUCGGGCAGCAAGCAACAAGCAUCGAGCAAGAAAAAGAAAUCGAGGUCCAAAACCAAAGAAAAUGUACGACGGUAAGUUGACAUUUUAAAACUUUUGCCUGAGCUAAGGUCUUACCAGGUGAGAUGUUAACAUUCCCUCACUUGAACAGAUCGGUAAAACAACGAAAUACAACCUCACAAAAAUUUUGUUAUUUGGAUAGUGAUAUAAAAUGCCAACUAAUUCCGAAGUAGAAAGACACGCGUAUAAGAUGUGAUAUGAUUCUGUCGGUUUCGCGACCGAAUGUUUGUACUCAGGAGUAUUGAUAUCCGUCAAGGAAACGAUGCUCUAGUGAAAGGGAGGGAGGGGGCGGUGAGAAACUUGUUUUGAACUACCAUUCCCUUAAGGAGGAGAAGUGAUUAACACCCGUUCAUGGAAGUCCAAACGUUAUGGUCAGCGAUUGAGGAUCCUACAUGUUCCCAAGGUUAGGUUAUCUUUCUGUGGGCCUCGUUAAGAAUCCUUUAUUCUUUCCUCAGGCAAUGGACCAAUUCAGCUGUGGCAACUAAUUUUGUCAGAGCUCGUUUCUUCAUCGUCAGAGCCUCUUGUGGAAUGGACUAAGAAAGACAAAUACGAAUUUCGCAUUUUGCAGCCUGAUAAACUGGCGGCCCUAUGGGGAGAGCAGAAGAAAAAGACCAAUAUGAAUUUUGCAAAGCUUGCGCGAGGUUUGCGGUAUUACUAUGGAAAGUCCAUUUUGGAAAAGGUUCGUGGCCAGCAGUUUACCUAUCAGUUUGUUAUGGACAUCGAUGCAAUUCUCGCGAACGAUUCUGAUGGCGAAGCUUCCGACGGUGGAGGCAGGAGCACGCCUGAUGUUUUUUGUGAAGCACCGAGAACUCUGGAACAAAGGGAGGGGUAUGGGGAAACAGAGACACAACUCACUGGUACAAGGGUGGGUGGAUAUGUGGGUGUAUGGGGGGACUUUGGAUGCCCAAUUGAGGCAUCGAGGGACACUGGGGGUGCUGAACAGGGUGUUAUUGACAUAGAGGGGAUAGUGCAGAAUGCAGGAGAGACAUUUGGCUGUAAGGGGGAGAGUUCAAGGCUCCCUAUGGGGAUAUCAAGGGAUACUGAGGGAGGAAAAGAGGUUGCUAUAGGCACUAAGGGGGUAGAAUGGAACUUAGGGGAAGCUUUUAGGGGAACAGGAGAGGGAAAGGUGAGAAAAUCGUGGGGCCAAGAGAAUACAGGAAUGGGAUGUGAUACCACAGAUAAAGAUUUUGGAAUUGUGCCUGGAGGACUUGAAAGCCUCCCUGGGGGGUGUGGGGUCAUUAAGGGGGAGCUAGGGGAGAUAAAGUCAUUCGAUUUAAGUGAUCUUAUUGAAUCCAAUGACACAAGUAGCUUCUAUGAAGCACUAUAA